AUGGGUCUAAUUAUGGCAAAAUUAUUUCAAAGCUGGUGGGCAGGGAAAAAGUACAAAAUUAUUGUUGUGGGUCUCGAUAAUGCUGGCAAAACUACUAUACUCUACAAUUACGUGACAAAGGAUCAAAUAGAAACGAAACCAACGAUAGGGAGCAACGUUGAAGAGGUGUCGUAUAAGAAUCUUGACUUUGUGAUUUGGGAUAUUGGAGGACAGGAAAGCCUUCGAAAAUCAUGGAGCACAUAUUACGUUCAGACAGACGUCGUUAUUGUAGUAAUCGACAGCUCAGAUACAACAAGGUUGCCUCUGAUGAAAGAACAACUGCAUAACAUGCUCCAGCAUGAAGAUUUGGCACGAUCUCAUGUAUUGGUUCUUGCGAAUAAACAGGAUCUUCCAGGAUCGUUGAACCCUGCCGAUGUUUCACUACAGCUCGGUCUUCAGACAUUGCGUGGUAGAAAGUGGCAAAUAAACGGAUGUUGCGCUUUGAAAGGAGAAGGGUUACCCGAAGCUCUUGAAUGGAUCGCCAACAACCUCUGA